AGAAAUACGAUGUGGAUGAAGGGGAGUAGCCAAACUGCCGAUUUUUUUUCUUUCGCCUUUUCGUGGGUGGAGCUUUACGCAACCCUCCAUUAUGCCAGCGCACAAAAGGAGAUUCUUCCUCCUCCUCCCGUUUCUCCUUUCCCCCGAUCGUCAUUAAAGCCCAUCGGAGUAACUCUUCUCCCUUCAAAAUUACCUCCUAACAUCGCAUCUUUUCGCCUCCUCCGCCCGCAAUCUCUUCAAAUUUCUUUCCGGAAGAUCGCAAAACCGCGGCGGCCGGAUCAGCGGAGGGGGAGGAAUGGGCAACAUAGGGAGCACCGGAGGCGGCGGUGGAAACGGCCGACGGAGGAAUUCGCACCCACACCACCACCAUCAGCCUCCUCCGCCUCCUUUCGGGCCGCCGGCGCCGCAGCAGCCGGAGGUCACGGCGAACCGCUACGUGUUCGCUGCCGCGACCCCGUACCCGCCCCAGUACCCAAAUCCCAACCCGCCGCAGUACUACCAGUACGGGUACUACCCCCCUCCGCCGCCGGCGAUGCCCGUGCCCCUCCCCGCCCCCUUCGACCACCACCACCACCGCGGCGGCGGCGGGGGGCCCCACGGGGACUUCUCCGCCACCCACCCAGCCUGGGUCGGCGGGGCGAGGUAUGCGUGCCCCCCGCCGACCCCGGUGCCGACUCCCUGCAUCGAGCACCAGAAGGCCGUCACCAUCCGGAAUGACGUCAAUCUCAAGAAGGAGACUUUGAGGGUCGAACCCGAUGAGCAGAACCCCGGCCGAUUUCUUGUUGCUUUCACGUUCGAUGCCACCGUCGCUGGAAGCAUUGUCGUUUAUUUCUUUGCAAAAGAAGGAUUUCGGUGUAACCUGGCGGCAACAAAGGAGAACUUGCUUGAACCAGUCACAGUAUCUUUCCAGCAAGGUCUGGGACAGAAAUUUAGACAACCAUCUGGAACCGGAAUUGAUUUCUCAAUGUUUGAGGAAGCAGAGAUAAUAAAAGAGGGAGAAAUGGAAGUGUAUCCCCUAGCUGUAAAAGCAGAGGCAUCUCCAUCCGACAAUCAAGGGCCUGUAGGUGAAACUCAGGAGAUAGGAAGUUCAAACUCACAGAUUACACAAGCUGUGUUUGAGAAGAAAGACAAUGGUGAGUAUCAAGUGCGCGUGGUGAAGCAGAUCUUGUGGGUGAAUGGAACUAGAUAUGAGCUGCAAGAGAUCUAUGGAAUAGGAAACUCAGUUGAUGGUGACUUUGAUGGGAAUGAUCCUGGUAAAGAAUGUGUGAUUUGUCUGUCAGAACCACGAGACACAACUGUCCUUCCCUGCAGACAUAUGUGCAUGUGCAGUGAAUGUGCAAAGAUUCUAAGGUUUCAAACGAACCGCUGCCCGAUAUGCAGGCAGCCAGUGGAGCGUCUGUUGGAGAUAAAGGUCAACAAUAGAUCUGAGGAGCAGCAUGAGUCACAGUGAUGAUUUGCUCGGUUUGCACCUCAAAGCCUCGUCCUCUCAAUGGUGACUUCCAAUAAGCAGAAGGUGGCAACAUACGAAAUGGAGUUUUCUAAUUAUACGAGGACUACAUAAUGGUUCACAACUUUGGGCAAUGUUGCAAGCCGUCAGUGUUGUAUAUUCUGCACAUCCAUUAGCUUGGGGGAAAGUGUUGUGAAGAUGACCUCUUAAUGCGCAAAUUAUACUCCUUUACAAUAUUACUAGUUCUUGAUGUUUGCAAUGUCGUGCAUCAACUCACUCAUGAUGUUAUGAUCA